GGCCGCAGUGAUGCUUUUUACGGCCGCUGAUUUUUUUUCCAGCCGCCCCCUCUCCCCCCGAUGUUUUUCCAGCCCCCGACGGGAGGGAGGAGGAAGGAGGAAGGAAGGAGAAGGGAUGCGCAAGAUGGAGAAGCCGCUGCUGCCUGCGCGGCGGGGCCGGGAGCCGGGCCGGGCACACGGGAGGUAGCCGAGCCGGAGGACGGAGAGCAGAGGUGCUGUGGAUCAGCCUGUCAUGGAGGGAACCAGGCAAAGCAGGAUUUGUCGUCCACACAAGAUAAGCGAAUCCUCAAAGGUGUACAGAUGGGAUGACCACUCCAGUCUAGUUCUCCAGAGCCUGAAUGAGCAGAGGCACCGAGGCCUCUUCUGUGACAUUGUCCUUGUGGUGGAUGAGCAGAGAGUCCCUGCCCAUCGGAACCUCCUCGCCGUUUGCAGUGACUACUUCAACUCUAUGUUCACCAUUGGCAUGCGAGAAGCCCACCAAAAAGAGGUUGAACUUUUCGGAGCCUCUUACAUUGGUCUUAAGGCUGUGGUGGAUUUCCUUUAUGGCAGCGAGCUGUCUUUGGAUGGAGGCAACAUUGACUACGUGCUCGAAACAGCUCACCUGCUGCAGAUCUGGAAGGUGGUUGACUUCUGUUGUGAGUAUCUGGAGAACGAGGUCAGCGAGGAGAACUAUUUGUACCUGCAGGAGCUUGCCUCCAUUUACAACCUGAAGCGCCUUGACUCCUACAUUGACUCCUUCAUCUUGCAGAACUUUGGCACGCUGUCUUUCACCCCGGACUUCCUGCAGAACAUCUCCUUGCAGAAGCUGUGCCAAUACCUGGACAGCAGCGACGUGCAGCAGGAGUGUGAGCACGACUUGCUGCAGGCUGCCCUGCAGUGGCUCACCCAGUACCCGGAAAGGGAGAACGAGGCUUACCAGGUUCUGGAUAACAUUCAUUUCCCCUUGAUACCUAAGAGCGAUCUCCUCCAUCGAGUCAAGCCUGCAGUCUGCUCCCUCCUUCCCAAAGAGGCAAACUGUGAGGGGUUCAUAGAGGAAGCAGUGAACUAUCACAACAACGUGACGGCGCAGCCCGUGCUGCAGAACAAGCGGACGGCCCUGCGGACCUGCGAGGAGAGACUCCUCUUUGUGGGCGGGGAGGUCUCCGAACGCUGCCUGGAGCUGAGCGAUGACACCUGCUUCUUGGACACCAGGAAGGGGCAGUGGGUGGCAGAAACCCCUCUCCCGGCCAGACGGAGCCACCACUGCGUCGCCGUCUUGGGAGGCUUCAUCUUCAUUGCCGGAGGCAGCUUUUCAAGGGACAAUGGAGGGGAUGCAGCUUCAAAUCUCCUAUAUAGGUAUGAUCCCCGCUGUAACCAGUGGAUAAAGGUUGCCUCCAUGAGACAGCGCCGUGUAGAUUUCUACCUGGGAGCUAUUACCGACAUGCUGGUAGCUGUUGGUGGCAGGAAUGAAAACGGGGCCCUUUCUUCAGUGGAGACCUACAGUCCUCAGAAGGAUUCAUGGUCCUACAUCGCGGGCUUGCCAAGGUUUACCUACGGCCACGCUGGAACAGUCUACAAGGAAUUUGUGUACAUUUCAGGAGGUCAUGACUACCAAAUUGGCCCCUAUAGAAAAAACCUGCUGUGUUACGAUUACCGCACGGACGUUUGGGAGGAGAAGAGGCCGAUGAUCACCGCCCGAGGGUGGCACAGCAUGUGCACCUUACAGGACAGUAUCUACUCCAUCGGUGGCAGCGAUGACAACAUCGAAACCAUGGCUCGCUUCGACAUCCUGAGCGUGGAGUCCUACAGCCCGCAGUGUAACCAGUGGACCAGAGUUGCUCCCCUGCUGCAAGCAAACAGUGAGUCCGGGGUGGCAGUUUGGGAUGGCAAGAUUUAUAUCCUGGGAGGCUACAGCUGGGAAGAAACGGUCUUCUCCAAAACAGUCCAGGUUUAUGACAAGGAGAAAAAUAAGUGGUACAAAGGAACUGACUUACCCAAAGCGAUCGCUGGCGUGUCUGCAUGUGUCUGUGCAUUGAAACCCAAAACAGAGGACAAAAAGAAAAAGACGAAAACAAAAAAGCAUCAAGAUCGAGGAAGAUGACUACUUCUGGAUAACCACCCUUUGAUGGUGGACUCCAAAAGAACUUUGUAUUUAAUCAUUUCUAUCUAACCUUGAUUCUUCUUUUUCUUUUUAAAUGGGGGGGAGGGAAAGGCAUCUUCUGAAGCCUCAGAAAAUGUACAGGUGAAUGUGGUUUUUGGAUUAAGCUCAUGUUUAAGGUAAAAACAACAAAAGAAACCAAAAAACCCUCAUCCUCCUACUAUAUAAGGGGUGAUAUGGCAAGAGAGGUUAUGCUGCUCUUCUGAAUGUUAAGGCUUAGUCUUUUACUUCUGUGGUUCAUGGCAUUUCCGCAUACAUCGUAUUAUAUCAACGUUUUUAAAAUAAGGUUGAAUCUGUGGCUGAGAGGAUAAUGUCAAAGGUGAGGAGGCAGAGUAGUAAGCAUCUGGUUUGAAGUUACAGAGCAGUUCAAUGGAGUUCAGAAGCAACUGCUAAGAAAAAACAAAACAGAUUUUCAAUGUUGUUUUAAAUCUUCAAUCUUUGUAAUGUUAAAUUUCAUUUGCAAUACAUUCCUGAAUUGUUUGUGUCAGAUUUCUGGAAGACAUGAGUGUUCAAAUUUGGUGAAUGCGGGUCAGAUCAGCUUGAAGAGCAAAUAACUCCACCAUACUCUUAAGAUUACAAAGACCUUACUGUGUGGCUAAAGAAUAGGUGGGAUUGACUUGGGCUUGGAUUAAUAGCAUUGUUAACUUUGAAAUCUGGGAAAGGUGAGAUGGCUUUUGCACCCCUUGUUGUGGCACUUUUCAUAUCUAAACACCUUUAACUUAGGCUUUAAAACAUGCCUGAGAAUGAGGGGAAAAAAGACAUCUAUCGAAGAACUUGAAAGAAGAUGUGAGGAUUUGGGUGGGAACUGUACAGUUUGCCUUGGGCUUCAAAGCAGAUGGAAGUGUUAGAGCUCACUGUGAGUUUGGGGUUUGCUGAAGAGGGUAACAGUGGGGAGAAGUGGCAGGAGGAUCCUUCAGGUGAACUUGAAGCAAGAAGCUGCCCCUUCCCAGCUCUACCAGGCUGGAGAAGCUGGGAUCCACUUCAUUUAACUCAGACCUCACAGUGGUCACAGCUAGUAGCCAGUGUGCAGGGUCCAUACUGGACUUGCCUGCUGUCAAAAAGCUUAUUAACCCAGGAUGAUUAAUUGAGGUUUGGCAAUCCUGAAGAACAGCAACUUGUUUCUUACCGGAGCUAACAUUUUCCGCUUUCUUUAUUUUUCGAGUUCAAGUGUUGUUUCCUGAGAGUAGCCUUUUCUGGUGGCUUUAGCAGGGACUCAAAGCCACGGCUCAUCAGGCACGAAGCUGAACUCCUUCCCCAGCCAGGCAGGUUUGAAAGGAAGGACCCCAGAAUAUACUGGGGACUGUGUUUGGGAUCCAGACAGUGGGACUGAACUGAAAACCGUCUGUUAGAGCCUCUGUGUCACACAACCCUCUGCAUACCAAGCGAAGAGAUUUCCGACCCAAGUGUUAGUCCACCCUCUACAAACACAGCUGAUUCUGCUGCAGAUAUUAAAAUUCCCCGACUGUCUGGGCAGCGCUCAGGCAUUCACCCCGGGGCAUUGUACAGACGCGCCUCUGAUUUGCAAGAAGUCCAUCACCAGCAAUCUGAUACAAGCACUUCAGUUACUGUAAUAAUGCCAGGCCACAGAUUAACGUUCCUCCUUCCCAAAAGAAGAAAUUUUUAGAGAGUUUUUUUAAAAAAAAAAACAACUUUUCUACUUUUUUAUAACACAUUUUGCUAACUCAGUCUCUCGUUUGCCAUAUAUGAUAUUAUUUCCUAUAGAAGCUACUGCUCUGUACUUGUGACCCCCGUUGUUGCCGUCGGGAGCUCGUUGUCUGGUGGGUCUCGUGGUGUCUGUGUAGCUGGUGAGGAUGUGGUGCAGCUGUUGGAGAACAGCAUUUCCAUUCUGGGCGUUGUCAGGCGGUCGGUUACUGUUGUGUGGCCCCUGCCCGAUAGCCCGGCACACUAAUAAACACCCUUUAUUUUCAGCCAGUGGUGAUCUGCUGAGUGGGUUUCCAGGGCUUUGGUUUAAAGUUCUGCUGGGGAACUGUUGAUUGUUGCUGUUAUUUCUUCCUCGAUCCUUCUGUCACAUCUCUCUCCCUUGUGCACCAUAGCCAUGUAUUUCAGAUUUGCCUUUUUUUUUUCCCCGUCUUGGUGUACGUACAGGUGAUAUCCUGCUACUUUCCUUUUUUUUUUUUUUUAAUUUUUCUUUUUUUUCCGAACUAUUUACCUCAAUAAUUGGAAAACACUAAGAAAACAUUUUUGCACUUAAUUUCAUUUGAAGCUCUCGUAAACUAAAGGACUCUUAAAUACGUUGCAAGGACAUGUUUGUAUUGAAAGAGGUACCUCUGAAUAAAUUGCUGAAGUGCAAGGAAGUUACAGGUUUCUUCUUCACUGCUAAGAAUGGAUUUAAGAAAACAAGUUGAAAUUAAUUUUUGAAACUCCUUGAGGUUUUUUUGGUGUUUAAAAAAAAAGCCUCAGGAGCUAGUCUUUCAUUUGCAUUAAUGGAUUCAUUUUAAAGCGUUUGUACACUGCAUGAGGUAAUGGUUAUUCUUUUUUAUCCUAAAAAUAAAUUAAAAUACAAAAAAAAAAGCCAAAACCAAACCAAACAUUUUGGUUAUAAAAAACUCAUUAAUGACUUGUUUGGGUUUUUUUUUUUUUAUAUCUGAAAUCCUUGCUAUGUUGACUGACAACUACUUAACUUUUUGGGACAUUUUCAUGUGUAAGUAUAGAACAAAAAUUUCAAAGACUUGCUUCAUUUCUGUUGAUGGGUUGCUUGUUACUAUAUCCCCCCUUUUAACGUGUUUAUGUAUUACAUUAAUGUCUGGAAACAAUAAAUCCAGCUUAGAAUAUUGUA